UGCGCCUGGGAAUGAAAUGUCGCAAACACGUCAGACCACCCCACACAAUCUGACCGAAGGCCACCCUGUGACCAACCUGACCUUGGUUGUCCUGCUGCUCAUCCCCUUUGUGGUCAUUCUCCUUCUGCUGAACUGUCUCUUCCUGGGCUACAAGGUCCUGGUCCUGUCCAAGAAGUCCAGCAGACCGAGGCGGGAGGACACCGAGGAGAUGCUCCUGCGACCCACCCUGCCGAGACUCAGAGUAUCCGACGUGGCCUUCUCCCCCCUGCGGGACGGGAGGACAGCCUGCAUGUCCCUGUCGGAGCCCGUCCUGUCCCACCCCGUCACUUCUUCAAGGGCGUCGUCCAGACACGGAGCCGGGUUGACUCACAAGUUCCGGCUGCUGAGGCCCGACGGCGCGACCGGCUGCGGGUCUCCGAGGGCGCCGAGCACCAUCCGGGCCGCGUCCUCCUCGCAGGGCUUCAGUCCGAGGCUCCACGUGCCUUCAGGCUCGCGGACUUGCAGUAACAGUAAGCCAGGCUGGUGUCAGAGUGCUCCGGUUUUACUGCAGUCCAGCGAUUCAGAGGAUAACUCCAGAGUACACGCGGUUCCACCAAACUCUCCCAUGGAGAAAGUGGCGCAUGUGGAUCACAGUCGUCGGAGCAGUACUUACGAGAAGCUAACAGAAGUGAAUGCAGUCGCUCCUGUCUAUCCGUACAACAAGCUGUUCAUGGAGUGUGAGCACAUGAACCCAACCUCAGAAGCAUCCAGUCUGAACGCAACUGAUGUGGGUCCUGGACUGGACAGUGACUUCGGAGCAAGUGCAGGUGUCUCCCUGCACAUUUUGUCUGCAGAUAGCGACGGCCUGUCCAACGGACUGUUGUCUUCAGCGCUGGAGUGGGAUUAUUACGACCCCUGUUAUGUCAGACAGAAUAAUAUACCCAAACAUAAUCACCACAGGCCUUUGAUCCACACUAAACAGUACUGGGUGUAG